AUGGAUGAUGAUAUUCAAGCCAUUCAACCAGAAGUUGAAUCAUGGUAUGGUGCCGAAUUGAGACAUCUUCGUUCAGCGAACGAGCAGGUCGCCUUCUACUCGGCCGAUAGUUACAUCUUCAACGACGGCGUUAUUCCAAGCGAUGCCUCCCAGGAUAUCGUCCUUUACGAUGGCAAGCAUGAGCGUGGGCUACUUAUGCCUAAGCAAAUACACACGUCAUUGGACCCCUUCGUAGCUCUCCCAAUGGGCGUUCCAGAGCAUCAGCGGGUGCGCGUCCAGUUUUAUACUCAAACGCUUGGAGCUGGGAUUUUCGGGGUUUCGGAAUCACCCCGCUACUCUCCAACCGCAGCGACAGGCAUAACCACUGCCAUAUACUCCGAGGUUGGCCGAGCCUGGAUUUGUAUCCUGGUGGAUGAGACCUUGAAUGUUCUGAAAGGGGGCGCUGAUAACAAAGCGCUGUCCCGUCAGAGAGCGCGUGGCUACCACGAGCUCAGCAAGGCAUUGCGAUCUGGAGAUGAUCAUUUUCAGGAAGCCCUUAUGGGUUUGACCAUAUGUGGACUAAGCGAAUUCCGGUUUGGGACGUCUCAUUCAAGGGAUAUGCAUGUCACAGCCGUCGAUAUGUUCAUUCGCUCUAAAGGUGGCAUCAAGGAAGCACUCGCAGCAGCACCGAAUGUUGAACCGUUUUAUGUCAGCGGACAGUUCGGAUUUGGAAGGUGUUAUUUUCCAUCUGCCGAGCAAUUGCAAAGCACCAUUCAAAGGUGGAAAUCUGAUAUUACGAGCAUCCUCUCAAGGCCUCGGCCAAGCUGCAUUGCGACACCUACCUCGUCCCCCGUUGCACCGUUUAUUCGAAGAGACUAUCGCACUCGCGAAGCAAGGAUAAUAAGACUGGCGAUUGAAUCCACUGACACAAUCUCACCACCAACAAUGUUCGCCGCAUCCAUGCAGUUGAGUCUGUUUCUCGAGCUAUCGUGGCUGAUACUACAGUUUGGCAGCCGUUUUGACAUGGCUAUCAACCUCUUCAAACGAAUCGAGUACCUUGUUAAAGGUAGCUUCGAUGGCGGGGUUCCCGGAAACAAGGCUUUCGAACUUCGUGCUGCAGCUUUCGCUACAAUGGUUAGUCGCGCCCGACGGGAUGUUCUUGGUAACUAUUUUCCGACCCAAGUUGCAGAAUCCGAUGCCUGCAUCACCGGCAUCCAUACAGAUGCAAUGAAGAUGUUCCAAUAUCUUGAGCCUGAAGGACGACAAUUUAUUAUCAACAAGCUCGCAAAUUGGUUAUCGCGGAAGGAAUUCUCGACCUAUCAGCCGGAGGCCCUGGAGUCUGAGCUAGCCGUGCUGGAAGAUCAGAUCACUGAAACAUGGGCCAGACUCAAGCCCUGA